AUGGGAGUAUACUCUCAAACGACACCAUCGAUAAAUAAUAGUUGUGAGGCUGGUUGGAGAUUUUCAAAUCGUCCUUCAGGGGGAUGGUGCAUCAGAGUGUUCCCAGGAAUCCAUGCCGCAAAGAUGGAUGCUGAGAGAGCUUGUGUGGCUGUUGGUGGAACUCUUACAGGACUUCAGAACAAUGCAGACGCGUUGUUCAUUCAAAGAAUGUUUAGAUUUAACAGCGCUUCCGUUUGGGUUGGUCUUCAACGUAUCGCGGCUUGUAGGAACCGGAAUUUAUCGGUCGCAUGUAGCAGAACUACCGCUUUCGAAUGGACCGAUGGCUCGGCAACCGGAACAGACGGAUUUGUAUUUCAAACUGGACAACCUGACAAUAGCUGAUUGAAUCAAAAUUGUGCACUUCUUCUUGCGUCGAGAACUCCGACUAUUGUCGCAAGAGGCACUUAUUAUGCAGCUACACUCGAAGAUGUCAACUGUGUUGCCACGUUUGUUCCGCAAAAUAUUGCCCGUCAAACGCGUGGCUAUGCUUGUGGAAAGCGUAAUCGAUGCGAGCUUGGAUGGAGAUUUUUCAAUAGGCCUUCAGGAGGAUGGUGUAUGAGGGUGUUCACCGGAUUCCAUGCAGCAAAAGCUGAUGCUGAAGGAGCUUGUCAAGCUGUUGGUGCAACACUCUCAGGACUUCAAAACCGACAAGAAUCGGAGUACAUUCAGUCGUCUCUUCUUGGUCAAAUCCCACAAAAAAGUGGAUCUGUAUGGGUUGGCCUUCAGCGUACAGCUGCUUGCGCGAAUCAGCCACUGUCUGCUGCGUGUAGUAGAACUACCGCGUUCCGAUGGACAGACAAUUCAGCAACCGGCACUGCGGGUUUCGUAUUCCAACCGGUGCAGCCUGAUAACGCAAGGUUAAAUCAAAACUGUGCACUGCUUCUUGCAUCCGAGACGCCAACUGUUGUCGCAAGAGGCACCUACUACGCGGCUACACUGGAGGAUGUGAACUGUGUUGCAAACUUCAUUGCCGCCAAUGAAGCUCGUAGGACUCGUGGAUUUGUUUGUGGAAAACGAGGUUGA